AUGGAAGCUAGAAAAGAGACAGGAAAUGGAUGGACUACGGAUGGCAGGGGAGCUCAAUGGAAAGCGAUGAGAUGGUCGACCGUCAACUUGUCAACAGUAUCAUUAUCAACUGUUAAGCCGUUACAGGCAGAUCCGAGUCCCAAUUUUUAUAUGUAUGAUACCGGUAAAGUUCGUAAGAAGGCUGGCAGCACGCAAUUUUUAUCCUUGCCACAGCAUUCGGGCCAUGCAAAAGUCCGUGGUAUACCGGGAUCUCUAUGGUCUCUCUUUGAUUUCUUUGGUCUCUCUGCUUUCUUUGUCCACUAUUCAUUGUAUUUUGCCGAUGCCCAGAAACCCAGUCGUUUAAGCAUGGCACCGAAAUCUUGGUUUUAA